UUGGCUUAUCUUAACAAGCAAAAAUCCACUGAAAAAUGGUCUAAGUUUGACAACAGAAGAAAUUCAGCAGUAAAAUUCAGUCAAGAAUUAUUUUGUCUUUUUUCUUCCAAAUACAUCUUUACAGACCCCCCCACCAUGCACAUUCCAGGAUUCUUUCAUUAAGUAAGACCAGCUCUUGUUUGAUUCCUGAGUCUAAGAAGGAAGACAAAACCAAGAACCCACUUUGAGAAGCAAAUUUCUGAAGCAGUUAAGAAAUGGGUUCUUAGAAUUUAUCCUCGGUUUGAUAAAUUCAGGUAAGCUUCACAAACCCCAUUUUCUUCCAUUUUAUUUUCUGCAAAUUCUGAUUUCUGGGGGUGUUAAAAGAUGAGGGAUUUUCCAUCUUGUUUCGGUGAAAAUGGAGUUCAAAUUAUAGACUCUUCUUCAUCUAGCACUACUACUUGUAAAGCUGCACAAAAUUUGGUUACAUGUAUUUAUCAGAGUACAUUACAAGGAAUGUCAUGUUUGAUAAACAUAACAUGGAGUAAGAAUUUGAUGGGUCAAGUUCUUAGUGUUGGAAUUGAUGAUUCUACUACUAAUCAUUGUCUAUGCAAAGUUGAUAUAAAACCAUGGUUAUUCUCUAAAAGGAAAGGGUGUAAAACAUUAGAAUUAGCUAAUAAGAAGAGUAAAGUUGAUAUAUAUUGGGAUCUUUCUUUGGCUAAAUUUGGAUCUGGACCUGAACCACUCGAAGGAUUCUAUGUAGCUAUUGUGUUUGAUAAAGAAAUGGUUCUUUUACUUGGGAAUUUGACUAAUGAGGCUUAUAAAAAGGCUAACUUGGAACCAAAUAGCUCUUUUAAUGGGAUUGUUAUCGCAAAAAGGGAACAUAUUUUUGGGAAGAAAGUUUAUUGUACUAAGGCUCAGUUUUUCGAUAAUGGAUUAAUCCAUGAUCUCAUAAUUGAGUGUGAUACUGUUGGCCUUAGAGAACCUUGUCUCGUCAUUCAGGUUGAUAGUAAAACUGUGAUGCAAGUGAAGAGACUAAGAUGGAAAUUUAGAGGGAACCAAACAAUUUUAGUUGAUGGGAUCCAUGUAGAGGUGUUUUGGGAUGUUCAUAGUUGGCUGUUUGGUGCAGUAGGAAAUGCAGUUUUCAUGUUCCAGACUUGCUUAGCGGCUGAGAAGUCAUGGGCUACUAAUAAUACCUCUACCGACUCCUCAUUCAAAAGAAAUACUUCGUCUGACUCAUCUGCUACACCGUGGUCCUGCUCUGAGACUUUUAGAGAAUCACAAUUGCAAGGUCUUGGUUUUUCGUUAGUAUUAUAUGCUUGGAAGCACGAGUAAGGUUAUGUUUCCUCAGCCAAGUGAUGAUAUAUAUGGGUAGAAUUACACUGAAAAAGAUUACAUGUAAGUUGCUUCAUGUGUUUUUAUUCCGUUCUGGAAAUUUUCUUUUCAAAUUAAUUUGAUUUGUUUCUAUGAUAAGAAAUGUCUUGUUUCUGUUCAUUUAUUUGGUAUAUUAGUCGUUUCUAUGGAAAAACUCAUGUGGGUGUUGGUGUAUGAUUUGGAAAGUAUGUAAAAUGGCAUACUUUUAGCUAUUCAUUGCAUUCUGGUCUUCUUUACCUACUUAAUGAGCAUGUGCUGCAUUCUACAACAAUCUAAUAGUCUUUAUUGGGUCAAGGGGUCGAACAAAGGGGGCAUAGUCUAAUAUACUUGCUUGAUAUUAACAUUGUUUAGGAUAGAGCAAACGACACUGUGGAUGCCUCUGUAGUAGAGUGGUAAAGUCAUUAGGUGUCGAUACCACAACUCGAAACUCGUCCAUACCCUAUUUUACCUAUCAAAGAGAAAAAAAAGAAGAGAUAGUGCAACUAUACUGUGGCAGGUUUUAAGUUCAUCUUUGCUGCAGGAAUUUUAUAGGUGUAAAGAGCAGAUUUCUUGUUGUGUUUAAUCUAUUAAUAUUGUGAAUUAGAUGGACAUAUAUUGAAGUUGGUAUUACACAAACAGGUGGUCUGAAUGAAUAUGUGCUGCUUUAUGUGGUUUUUAAAUUUACAUUCGUAUGUAGAAAAUGAUUUGCAUGUCUUUUCCUUCUUUCUCAAGUACUUUUCUCUGUCAUCUUUUUCCUCUAAGAGCUCAGGAAUUACUUGAUGUUUGCUGAAACAAUUUUGUAAUACGGGUGUUUUUAUUUAUUAUGAUAUACUCAUACCCUUUUGAGGGAUUUCCUGUUUAGUUUGUUCUGUGAAAGAAAGAAUUAUCGUAUGAACAAUUUUCCGAAGCAGCAUCUAGAAGUUUCAGCUCUCUCGCCAAAUGUUCAGAGUUCAAGAAUUGUAGUUCUUCCUUCUAACAGCAUUAUCAGUUCAGUUUCUAGCGAUCAAGUUUCGACAGCCUAUGAAGGUGCUGAGUUUGAGAUAAGCAAACAUGACAUGAAUCAAAAUGUGUCCAAGUCAAGAUACUGUGCCGAGAAUUCUUCAAGUUUAGCUCGUUUCAGCUUUCAAACGGAUGACUCCAACAAAUGGGAACAAGUAACCCCAGAUUUGUAUCGGAGCUUACCAAACAUACCGCAGUUUAGGUUGGCAAGGGCUUGUUCAUUGUUAAAGUUCCUCCAGACAGAUGAAGGACUAUUAUGGUUCUCCAACACAUUGCGCAGUUAACUCAGCAGAUCUCCGUAUAAAUAAUAGAGCUAGAGAGUGAGCAAGAAGAAGAAAACAAGAAGAAGAAAAAAAGAAGAGAGAGAUGGCAAGAGCAAAUAUGAUGGGCUGGGCAAUGUUGCUGGUUGUGGUGAUGGCUUUGUAUGUGGGUAAAGUUGUGUCGAUGAUGGUUUUUUAGCAAGGGCAAAACUUGUAAAAUUGCAUCUGAACCUGCAUCAAAGACAAAUCUAUAAUAUAUAUGCUAGGGCUUCACCCAGCUGAACUCUCAGUAUUCAAUAUAUGUUUAUAAAUAUGUGUGAGAACUCUCAGUAUUCAAUAUAUGUUUAUAAAUAUGUGUGAAUCU